CCCUUGGGUGACCAUGGCCGGAAGGCACUGCCUGCCUGGCAGCAGGAAGGGGUUAAGUGCCCUGCGUCCUGUGUCCUGUUACUGCUGAAGCAGACCUGCUGGGCCAGCUGAGCAACUUUCCUCGGAGCUGAGUGCUGCCGGCUGGGCUGGCCGGUGUGGCUGGCAGGUUGGAGCAAAGCUACCACCCUGCCGGGGUACUCUGCGAUUGCCACUCGUGGAGGGUGGGCCUCCCGGGCAAGGGUCCCUAGUGGAUGGCUUUGGGGCUGCUCUGGGACUGUGCCGUUCCAGGUACGGAGGCUGCCCAGGCUGGGGCUAGGGCCAAGGCAGCCCACUGCAGAGGAACUGGAACCUGUCAUUCCCCAGCUGCUCCCUCUAGACCUGGCCCCAGGGCAGAGGCUGCUGAGGCCCCAGACUCUGAGUAAACUCACGCAGUCUGAACCUCACUGGGGGUUGGAUGGUCCGUGCUCUUCCUUACCCGCCCCUCAGACCUCUUCCUGCAGUUCUCUGCAUAGAGACAGCCCCAUGUGGAACCCACGGAUGCAGCCACCCUGCUGAGAGCACCUUGGUUCACCCUCGGAGACCGUGACCUCAAGACGGUGGCCCUCCCCAGCCCUCCACCUCCAGCGGGGGUGGGCGCUGGCCCCCUGCAAGUCACCGGCCAUGACCACAUCCGCGCUGCGACGCCAGGUGAAGAACAUUGUGCACAACUACUCGGAGGCUGAGAUCAAAGUGCGCGAGGCCACCAGCAAUGACCCCUGGGGCCCGCCCAGCUCGCUCAUGUCAGAGAUCGCCGACCUGACCUUCAACACAGUAGCCUUUGCUGAGGUCAUGGGCAUGCUAUGGCGACGGCUCAAUGACAGCGGCAAGAACUGGCGGCACGUGUACAAGGCACUGACGCUGCUGGACUACCUGCUCAAGACGGGCUCUGAGAGGGUGGCCCAGCAGUGCCGCGAGAACCUCUACACCAUCCAGACCCUCAAGGACUUCCAGUACAUGGACCGCGAUGGCAAGGACCAGGGUGUCAAUGUGCGUGAGAAGGUCAAGCAAGUGAUGGCCUUGCUAAAGGAUGAAGAGCGCCUACGGCAGGAGCGGAGCCAUGCCCUCAAGACCAAGGAGCGCAUGGCAUUGGAGGGCACAGGCAUUGGCAGCGGGCAGCUGGGCUUCAGCCGCCGCCACGGCGAGGACUACGGGCGCACCCGUGGUUCCCCAUCCUCCUACAACUCCUCCUCUUCAUCCCCCCGCUACACAUCUGACCUGGAGCAAGCCCGGCCUCAGACAUCAGGAGAGGAAGAACUGCAGCUACAGCUGGCAUUGGCCAUGAGCCGUGAGGAAGCUGAGAAGCCGGUCCCCCCAGCUUCCCCCAGGGACGAGGACCUGCAGUUACAGCUGGCUCUGCGCCUGAGCCGGCAGGAGCACGAGAAGGAGGUGAGGUCCUGGCGAGGGGACGAUUCCCCCACAGCCAAUGGCACAGGGGCCACCUCCCACCACCUGCAAGACCAAGAGCCAGAGAGAGAAGACAGAAAGGAGGAGGAGAAGCUGACAACCAGCCAGUCCUCCAUCCUGGACUUGGUCGAUAUCUUCACACCUGCCCCGGCCCCGCCCUCCACACACUCUGCCGGUCCGUGGGACAUUCCAGGUCUCAGGCCAAGCGCAGAGCCUAGCGGUUCAUCCUGGGGGCCUUCUGCAGACCCCUGGUCCCCCAUGCCCUCAGGGGAUGCCCGGUCCCGAAGCCAGCCUUGGGACCUGCUUCCCACGCUCUCCUCCUCUGAACCCUGGGGCAGGACCCCAGUGCUGCCUGCUGGCCCCCCAACCACAGACCCCUGGGCACCCAUUUCUCCCCACCACAAAGUCCCCAGCACUGGGGUAAACCCUUGGGGGGCCCCCAUGGAGACCUCAGAUACACCUGGCAGUACCUCGGUUUUGGACCCAUUUGCCAAUCUUUCAGAAUCUACAGAGCCCAAGGAGGCCCAAGCCCUGCCCACUGUGAAGCCUGGAAGCCCUGUGGAGCUGGACCUGCUUGGAGAGCCCAGCCUGAGUUCCAAGCAAAACGGCACGAAGGAGCCUGACACCUUUGACCUGGGCGUAUUGGGAGAAGCGCUGACCCAGCCCAGCAAGGAGGCCCGUGCCUGCCGCACUCCGGAGUCCUUCCUGGGACCCUCGGCCUCAUCCUUGGUCAACCUUGACUCGCUGGUCAAGGCGCCCUUGGCGGCAACGACCCGGAACCCCUUCCUGACAGGUCUCAGUGCUCCAUCACCCACCAACCCGUUCGAUGCAGGCGAGCAGGGCAGACCGACGCUAAACCAGAUGCGUGCGGCCUCGCCAGCCCUGGGUGGGCCCAUCAGGGCUCCCCUGGGCUCCAUGACCUACAGCGCCUCCCUGCCCCUCCCGCUCAGCAGCGUGCCGGUCACCGGGACCCUCCCCGCCUCAGCCAGUGUCUUUCCGCAGGCCGGUGCCUUCGCGCCGCUGCCAGCAAGCCUGCCGCAGCCACUGCUGCCCACGUCCGGCUCAGCUGGGCCGCUGCACCUGCCCCAGCAGGCCGGCACCAACCCCUUCCUCUGAGCGCCGCCUGGUGCAUGCGCGCCAAGGCCCUGCUUGCACUCCACCCACCACCCUCCCCCCUGGCCUGGGGCAGGGUGGUCGCACUCGGGGACCACUGAUGGGGACCUCCGGCGACCCCUAGGAAAACUAGAGAUCACUGUGUUCUGGGAGCCGAGACCACGCCCCCAAAAUAAAGACUGGAACCCACGA